AUGAAUUGGUUAUCGGUGGGCGAUGUAACUCUGACGGAAAAACAACUAGAAAAUUUCAAUUCGUGUGGUAUUCAAAAUAUAAAUGGCUUACUGGUAGUCAGAGGAGAGAAAACCUGGAGCAACGAAGGUGUAUCAAAUAUAAAAAAUUUCGAACGAAAAGCAAACAAACAUGCUAUUUCUGAAAGGCAUCUCGUUUGUCAGGAACAAUUUAAGUUACUUGGUAAAAAUAUAAUUGAUCAUGCACUAUCGGAAGGGCGACGCUUGCAAGCCAUAAAAUAUAAUGAACAAGUUGGCAUUAACCGUCGCAUAUUAGCUCGAUUAAUUCAUGUUGUGUGUUAUUUGGGGAAACAAGAGUUAGCUUUCCGAGGACACGAUGAACGAAAAAGCUCAUUAAGUAAGGGUAAUUAUUUAGAGCUAUUAGAACUCUUAUCGCAAGAAGAACAAAUACUCAAAGAACAUUUUUUGUCUAACUCUUUAUUUAAAGGAACGUCUAGUGAUGUGCAAAAUGAUUUAAUUGCUUGUAUUACAGAUGUCAUAAAUACUAAAAUAAUGAAUGAUUUAAAAUGUGCAAAUUUUGUGUCUAUACAAGCCGACGAAACUACCGAUGUAUCGUGCAAAUCACAAAUGAGUAUUAUUUUAAGAUACGUUGUUGACAACAACAUUGAAGAGAGAUUUAUAGGUUUUUUUGAUGUAUCAAAAGAUAAAAGUGCUGUUGGGCUCUCAAAUAUUUUAUUGGCAGAAAUAACCAAAUGGAAUAUAAACGAUAAAAUUAUAUGUCAGACUUAUGAUGGAGCGGCCGUCAUGGCUGGAAACCAAAAUGGAGUCCAAGCCAUUAUUAAAAAAACUUAUCCAAAAGCCCUAUUUAUUCACUGCUAUGCCCAUCAACUGAACCUAAUUUUUUUACAUGGGUCAAAAAAUAUUAAGUCCGUCCGUAUUUUUAUAAGCGACCUUACAAUGUUUCACACAUUUUUCAGUAGAUCACCAAAACGAACUGAGCUGCUUCGGGAAAAAGGUUUUAAGUUGCCAAAAAGUUGUGAAACAAGGUGGAAUUACCAUUCAAGAGCAGCAGCUACUAUAAGUACACAUUUUAAAGAACUACAAAAAGCGAUAUCGUAUGUAACAGAGGGGGAAGACUGGGAUCCGAUUUCUAUAAGUACAGCGUAUGGGUUACUGCAUAAAUUAUCAAAUCAAAAAUUUGUGUAUUUAUUAUGUCUGUUUCAUCGAAUAUUUAUAUACUCGGAUCAUGUAUUUUUAAUACUUCAAACAAAAUGCACUGCGGAUGUACAAACUUGCAUAAAUGAAAUAAAAAAUUUAUCUACACAAUUAUCAGCUAUGAGAAAUGACCAAAAUACUAUAACCGAGUGUUGCGAGUCUGCAAUGGAAUUGAAUAACGAACUUCAAUAUACAGACAAAGAUAUAAAUAGUCUCAAAAAUCUGACGUAUGAAAUAUUGGACUCAAUAAUUAUCCAAACUGAAGUUCGAUUUCAAGAUUUUCACGUUUUGAAAUUUAUUGAGCUCGCAAACAACAAUGAGUUUAUUAAUUACAAAAAACAUUUUCCAAUUGAGAAACUAAAUCAACUACUAAAAGUUUUCCCAGGAGUAUUCGAACAAGAGAGAUUACAAAAUGAAUUAACAGUUAUUUACAAUGAUAAUAACAAACAUCUUCCACCAAAAGAAUUGCUGAAUUAUAUUAUUAAAGCUGAGUUACAAGAAGUGUACGUAGAGCUUACAAAAUUGUUACAAUUAAUUUUGUGUAUUCCUGUAACAACGGCUUCUAGUGAAAGAAGUAUGAGUACUUUAAAAAGAAUCAAGACGUUUCUAAGAAAUACAAUGACACACGAUAGAUUCUCAAAUUUGUGUACUAUGGCUAUCGAGAAGAAAAUGUUGAGUGAAUUAGCUACUGACCCAACAUUUAUUGACAAUUUUUUGAACAUUUAUUUAUUACCGUUUAGAUAA